AUGCCUUCUCCUCCGCGUCCUCGCUUCAAUGCGAAUGCCGUCACCGAAGACUCUGAAGGCGCUUUCGACGCGGCCGCACCGCCUACCGAAGAUGUUGACUACGGUGUACCGGCCGAGGACGCUGGAGCUGCCGCAGAGUACACUCUUCCACCCCCAGACCCCACUGUCUUGCCUCCAGUCCUAGUUGAUGGCCAAACCGAAUACGGCCUUCCGGAGUCUGUUCCCAAUCCGGGUACACCAGCGUUCGCAAUCCACCCGACGCUGGCCAUUUUGACAACGGACGGCUUCAUCAUCGGUGCGUCGGCCAUUGCGGAUGCGGAGCUUCGACUACCUGCGACGAGUCCGGAGACAAAAUCGGUUGUUGUACAUGGUGAAGGCUUGCCAUGGCCUCUCCGCAUUGCGCCGACAAGAGACUCUCCAUGCGUGACUGUUGGCGAUGUCGUGGAGUCGAUGCAAGCCUUCCUAUGCGGCGCAGCUACCGAUGAGGACUUCGCUAAUGCGCCGAACCCGAACGCUGUUACGCAUGCGUUUCAUGAGCGCACUCGUGGCAACCGCGACCUCUACAAAGCAGGCACUAUCCGCUUCGACUAUCUUCCGGGCCCCAUUGUCGGUCUCGUAGCGAUUACGAGCAAAGAUGAUGCCGCAUUCAAGCUCGUUUUCCGUGCGAGGUCGUAA